AUUUCCUCCUCAUUCAAGGUGUGUCUGAGUGACAGGUGCAACUCGUCGAAAAAGUCGCUGCUGUCUGUGGAUUUUUACUAAAAAACGAGGACCGAGAUUUAUUCGAAGCGUUAAUCGCGGUAACAGGUGGACCUCGCGGCAGGAAAAUGGCAAACUCCGGCAUGCAGAUUUUGGGCUUCGCCCUGGCGCUGAUAGGUGUGAUCGCUCUGGUGAUCGGCACCAUCUUACCUCAGUGGAAAAUGUCCGCGUACGUGGGAGACAACAUUAUCACGGCGGUGGCCAUGUACCAGGGUCUGUGGAUGUCCUGCGCCUUCCAGAGCACCGGACAGAUGCAGUGCAAAGUCUACGACUCCAUCCUGGAGCUCGGCAGUGCCCUCCAGGCAACCCGUGCCCUCAUGAUCAUCUCCAUCCUCUUAACGGUGGUUGGACUGGGUGUGGCCUGCAUGGGAAUGAAAUGUACCAACUGCGGCAGUGACGACAAAACUCGCAAGUCGCGUAUUGCAAUGACUGGAGGCAUUAUCAUCCUGGUAGGAGCUCUGUGCUCCAUCAUCGCCUGCUCUUGGUAUGCACAUGACAUCAUCCAGGCCUUCUACAACCCGUUCACUCCUGUCAACACCAAGUAUGAGUUUGGGUCGGCUAUCUUCAUUGCCUGGGCCGGAGCCUUCCUGGCUGCAGUUGGGGGUGGAAUGCUAACGGCGUCUUGUCCAAGAGGCCAGCCUUCACAGAAGUACCCCAUGAAGUCCAAAGCUCCCAGCAGUGCCAAGGACUACGUGUGAAUGAGAUGGUGACUGCUGUUGCAUUUUAAAGAACAUUCAUGCUCAUCCAAUUUAUUGAAAUUAAACUUGAUUCCAGGAUGUAAUCUGAACCCCCCCCCCCCCCCAUCCUUAAUUUUCUUCAGGGUUAUCCUGUGUUACUGUAGAACUAUGUUAUUGGAUACAUUCACAUUUUAAUCAGGCUGUCCACUUUUAGGAAGGAGCUCAGUGUCCUCGCCCCCUUUAAUUUCAGUCGGUGCUUAAUAUUUAGUAAUUGUUUUUAUUUUUAAAAGCAUAUCAUCGACUUGGUCAACAUCUAUAAACACUAUGUAUAAGAUGAAACCCGUGAUGUCCAAAUGUGUGUCAAAGAUAUUCUUUUCACAUGCAGGAGUGUGCAAUGUUUGAGAACGUUAGCAUUAAAUAUCGCUCCAGUUUGGCAAUGGGCAAUUUGGCAGUUGGUACCUGUGAAACUGUGGCUUUUAUUUAUAUGAACAGUAAAUAUCAGUACAACUAGAAUUAAUGUAUGUUAAUAAUUACUGCAAAUCAGGAAGGUUUUGCUGGCGUAAGUGCAGCAUCACAUAAGUUUAACCUUUUUUUGUGUGAAGUUUGUAAUUGAGUUUUUUUUUUUUUCUGCGCACUUGUCAAAUUUCACUUUUUUAAAGUUUUUCAAUUUUAUUGCAGAUAGUGACUUGCCUUUUUUGUGUUGUAAAUAAAGAUAAUGACUCUUU